AUGGUAGUGCAUGAGGGUGAGAGAGGUGAGCCAUUAGUAGAUUCCCGGGAGGCCGAGUAUAGAGAGAUGCAGAGGAAUUAUAGAGUGUUAGAGGCUGUGAUUGACCGGGUUCUAGCCUUGAGCUAUCAGGCAUCACUGUCUGUGGGUGUAGCCGUGGCUUCAGCUUCAGAGGGGGUGGAUAUAUGGGUUGGUGUCCCUUUGUCAAGGUGUAAUAUACUUACAGAGGUAAAGCUGGCAGAGCUUCGGAAAAAUUUUAAUGUCCCACCCUCGGUGGGCUUGAGGUUACCCAAUGCUGCUGAUGUGGUUAGAUAUCCUCUAGAGGGAUGCAUGUUGAUAUUUACCGAUAUGUACCAGCAUGGCUUCAGACUACCGUUUCAUCCUUGGGUACAGAUGAUGUUAGCCAAGCUGGGAUAUGCGUCGGGGCAAUAUAAUCCCAACUUUUGGAUUCUUCUUCAUAGGGUUUAUAUUGCUUGGUGGUUGGCUGGGUUGAGGGAGCCAACAUUUGAGCAGUUUAUGUUUUGGCUGGGUACAGGCCAAUUGCCAAAAGGCAAAAGAGAGGAGUUAUUUUAUUGGUCACAAGCCUUCUACUCAAAAGUCUUGGAGGAACAGGUGGUGUCUAGGUUAUGGUGA